AUGGGACAAUCUGUAACUACCCCUUUGAGUCUGACCCUAGGUCACUGGAGCGAAGUCCAGGGCCGAGCGCACAACCAGUCAAUGGACGUAAAGAAAAAGAGAUGGCAAAACCUCUGUGCUUCUGAAUGGCCGACAUUUAACGUCAGCUGGCCCUGUGAUGGGACUUUCGACCUUGGUAUUAUCUUGCAGGUGAAGGAACGAGUCUUCGAUGCCGGGCCCCACGGACGCCCUGACGAGGUGGCCUAUAUUGUCACCUGGGAAAAUCUGGCCUCUGACCCACCCUCUUGGGUGGCUCCCUUUGUCACCCCCAAACCCCCUUCCAAAUCUCUCCCCAAGACUGAUGUGGCCCCACUUUCACAGGGACCCACUGCUCCUCCUUUGCCUUCUUCUGUACCACUCAUUCCCUCUCAGGCACCUGCCAAAUCUCAAUUAUAUCCUGUCCUCAAGAAAGAGAAAACCCCUCACUCCAAAUCUAUUCUUCCUGCUGAUGAGUCUGAUCUUAUAGAUUUACUUUCAGAAGACGGAACCACCCCCCCUUAUCAGCCCCCUACCCAGGGCACUGUAGGUGGCGGUGAUGCCCGGCAAAGGGGUCCGGACAAACCAGACAGUACCAGUACCACUCCUGCCCUGGACUACAGACAAGAAGAGACUACUGCAGACUCCCCAGUAGCUGGCAGACUCCAUGGUCGAAGGGAGACAGCCACAGAAGGAACCUCCCGAGCCUUUCCCCUGUGCCAGACUGCUGGACCAGGAGGCCAAUUUCAAUACUGGCCUUUCUCAGCGUCCGACCUCUAUAAUUGGAAAUCUAACAACCCCUCCUUCUCCAAAGACCCUGUAGCUCUCUCUAAUCUAAUUGAAUCCAUCCUAAUAACCCAUCAACCCACUUGGGAUGACUGCCAACAGCUUUUGCAGGUCCUUCUAACCUCAGAAGAAAAACAACGUGUCUUCCUGGAGGCUCGAAAGAACGUCUUAGGAGAUGAUGGGAGACCCACUCAGUUGCCUAAUGAAAUUGAGGAAGCUUUUCCCCUAAAUCGUCCUGACUGGGACUUCAAUACUGCUGCAGGUAGGGGACACCUGCGCCUUUAUCGCCAGUUACUCAUAGCGGGCCUCCGCGGCGCUGGACGCCGUCCCACGAAUUUGGCUCAGGUAAGACAGAUAACCCAGGGACCGGAGGAAACUCCGACUGCAUUUUUGGAGAGGCUAAAGGAAGCCUACCGUAUGUAUACACCCUUUGAUCCUGAUAGUAACGAGCAAAGGGGCAAUGUUUCUAUGGCUUUCAUUUGGCAGUCGGCUCCAGAUAUUAGGACUAAGUUGCAGAGACUAGAUAAUUUACAAGAUUAUAGCCUGCAGGAUCUCGUAAAGGAAGCAGAAAAGAUCUUUAAUAAGAGAGAAACACCUGAGGAAAAAGAAGAAAGACUUAGAAAGUUGCAGGAGGAAAGAGAGGACAAGUUAAAAAAGGAGCUAGAAGAGAGGGAUCGUAGAAACCGGAAAGAAUUAAGCAAAAUCCUGGCCACUGUAGCUCAGAAUAAUCAUAGAGCAGGAAGUCAGGAAAGGAAGGGAGAAGGAAGGAGGCCCAGGGUAGAUCGAGACCAGUGUGCCUACUGCAAAGAAAAAGGCCAUUGGGUCAAAGAUUGCCCUAAGAGACCUAAAACUCAGAGGCGUGGAGACGGACUCCCAAGACCAACUCAGCUUCUAGCCCUAGAUGAAGACUAGGGCAGUCGGGGCCAGGAGCCCCCCCGCCCUGAGCCCAGGCUAACCUUAAGAGUCGGGAGGCAGCCAGUCACCUUCUAGGUGGACACUGGAGCCCAACAUUCAGUUCUCACUGAAACGAACGGGCCAUUGAGUACCAAAACAGCUUGGGUACAAGGAGCCACCGGAGGAAAACAAUACCGAUGGACCACGGAGAGAAAAGUUCAUCUCGCAUCAGGUAAAGUCUCACAUUCCUUUUUGCAUGUACCGGACUGUCCAUAUCCAUUACUGGGUCGAGAUCUACUGACUAAAUUAAAAGCCCAGAUCCAUUUUGAAGGAUCAGGAGCUAAAGUCUCUGGCCCACAAGGGGCUCCACUUCAAAUAUUAACUUUACAAUUGGAAAAUGAAUAUAGACUUUUUGAAAAGCCUCCUGAACAGCAGGAAGGAAUGGACUUAUGGUUAAAACAACAUCCCCUGGCCUGGGCAGAAACAGGGGGCAUGGGGCUGGCCAUACAACAAUCACCCCUAAUAAUUCUCCUGAAGGCAACAGCCACCCCUGUCUCAAUUAAACAGUAUCCUAUGUCAAAUGAGGCAUAUCAAGGAAUCAAGCCUCACAUAAAGAGACUAUUAGACCAAGGGAUCUUGAUCCCCUGCCGAUCCCCAUGGAACACUCCACUUCUGCCUGUAAAGAAGCCAGGAACCGGGGAUUACAGGCCAGUCCAAGAUCUUAGGGAAGUCAAUAAGUGAGUGGAGGACAUUCACCCCACGGUGCCAAAUCCCUAUAACCUACUAAGCACCCUGCCUCCUAUUCAUCCCUGGUACACUGUCCUGGACUUGAAAGAUGCUUUCUUCUGCCUGAGGCUGAGCCCCCAGAGCCAGCCUUUAUUUGCUUUUGAAUGGAAGGAUCCAGAACUGGGCAUUUCAGGGCAAUUGACCUGGACACGCCUACCCCAGGGGUUCAAGAAUAGCAGCACUCUCUUUGACGAGGCCCUUCACCAAGACCUGGCAGAUUUCCGGAUCAAGCAUCCAUCUCUGAUCCUGCUGCAAUACGUGGAUGACCUCCUCCUUGCAGCCACCACUGAACAGGACUGCACAACAGGUACUGGGGCCCUAUUACAAACACUGGGGAACCUGGGGUAUCGAGCCUCUGCCAAAAAGGCUCAAAUAUGUAGACAGGAAGUCACCUAUUUGGGAUACAAGCUAAUGGAUGGGCAAAGAUGGUUGACACCUGCCCGCAAAGAAACUAUAUCUCGUAUACCCAUUCCCCAAAACCAACGCCAACUUAGGGAAUUUUUGGGGACUGCAGGCUUCUGUAGACUCUGGAUUCUGGGGUUCGCAGAAAUAGCAGCCCCCCUUUACCCACUAACCAAGCAAGACACACCUUUUAAAUGGACUGAGGAACAACAGCAGGCUUUUGAUGCUAUCAAACAGGCCCUGCUGUCCUCACCAGCCCUGGGCUUGCCAGAUGUCACCAAGCCUUUUGAACUCUUUGUUGAUGAAAAACAGGGCUAUGCAAAAGGAGUCUUAAACCAAAAGUUAGGACCCUGGAGACGGCCCAUUGCCUACUUGUCUAAGAAAUUAGACCCAGUUGCAUCAGGAUGGCCUCCAUGUCUCCAGAUGGUGGCAGCGAUUGCAGUUCUAAUCAAGGACGCCACCAAAUUGACUCUGGGACAGCCAAUGACCAUACUGGCACCACACGCAGUUGAGUCCCUCAUCUGUCAGCCACCAGAUAGAUGGCUAUCUAACGCCCAUCUAACUCACUAUCAAUCCCUGCUCCUGAAUGUAGACAGGGUUCAGUUUGGGCCAAUAGUAACCCUGAACCCAGCCACCUUGUUACCGCUGCCAGAGGGACCAGUGUCCCAUGACUGUCAGCAGAUCCUUGCAGAGAUGCAUGGAACACGGCCUGAUCUGACCGAUCAGCCCUUGAAAGAUGCAGACUACACCUGGUUCACAGACGGCAGCAGCUACUUGCUAAAUGGUGAGAGACGGGCAGGGGCUGCAGUGACAAAUGCCUCAGAGGUCAUAUGGGCCACUGCACUCCCCGGAGGCACCUCUGCUCAGCGAACUGAACUCAUUGCUCUGACUCAGGCUCUCCAGAUGGCAGCAGGUAAGAAGCUUAAUGUGUACACUGAUAGCCGGUAUGCCUUUGCCACUGCCCAUGUCCAUGGAGAAAUUUAUCGGAGAAGAGGCCUUUUAACAUCAGAAGGCAAAGAAAUCAAAAAUAAAAAUGAAAUCUUGACAUUAUUAAAGGCCCUGUUCCUUCCUAAGAAAUUGAGCAUAAUGCAUUGCCCUGGACAUCAAAAGGGGGAAAGCCUGGAGGCAAAAGGAAAUCGCCUGGCUGAUGAAGCAGCCAAACAAGCAGCCUUAGGCCCCCAACUAUUGACUAUAAGCAUAUUGACUGAAAAGGAAACAGCUAAGACUCCAGAUUGGGACUAUGAUGAAACGGAUUUGGACAUUGUUCAGAAACUAGGUGCAGAUUAUGACCCCAAUCGGCAAUGCUGGGUCUACCAAGGAAAGACUAUACUGCCUAUAAAAAUGGCAAAAAUGUUAAUAGACCACCUCCAUAAACUGACUCAUUUGAGUGCCAAAAAGAUGAAAACUUUGCUAGAUAAACAAGAAAUUGGAACUUACCUUCCCAAUCGGAAUUUAUUACUGGAACAAGUAACUGCUAACUGUCUGGCCUGUGCCCAGAUCAACCAAGGAAAAACCAAACUGGAUCCUGGAACCUGGCUUCGUGGCCAUAGGCCUGGUGUCCAUUGGGAAAUAGACUUUACUGAAGUCAAACCUGGAAUGUAUGGUUAUAAAUAUUUACUGGUUUUUAUAGACACCUUUUCAGGAUGGGUGGAAGCGUUUCCUACCAAACAUGAGACUGCAAAAAUGGUCACCAAGAAACUAUUGGAAGAAAUCUUUCCCAGAUAUGGGAUGCCACAGGUAAUAGGAUCAGACAAUGGGCCUGCCUUCGUCUCCCAGGUAAGUCAGCUGGUGGCCAGGUUGCUGGGGAUAAACUGGAAAUUACAUUGUGUUUACAGACCCCAGAGUUCAGGACAGGUAGAAAGAAUGAAUAGAACCAUUAAGGAGGCUUUAUCCAAAUUAACGCUUGAAACUGGCUCUAAGGACUGGGUGCAACUCCUACCUCUGGCCCUCUAUCGGGCCAGAAACACUCCAGGCCCUCAUGGCCUAACUCCCUUUGAAAUCCUAUAUGGCAGUCCACCGCCAGCUGUAUCAUUCUUUGAUGCUGACAUUUCUGAUUUUGCAAACACCCCCUCCAUGCAGGCACAUCUACGAUCCUUACAGAUAGUCCAAGAAGAGGUCUGGAAACCUCUGGCAGCCGCAUACCAGGAGGAACAAAGAACCUCUUGUCAGCCCCACUCUUUCCAGAUUGGCGAUUCCAUCUGGGUUCGGAGGCAUCAGACUAAAAACUUAGAGCCCCGCUGGAAGGGCCCCUACACUGUGCUCCUGACAACUCCCACCGCCCUGAAGGUGGACAGGAUUGCUGCCUGGAUCCACGCAUCCCACGUGAAGGCCGCACAACCAGAACAUCGGACCCAGGACCAGGCCCCAUCUAAAACAACAUGGAAAGUUCAACGCUCUCAAAACCCCUUAAAGAUAAGACUUUUACGUUCCCAACAUUAG